AUGACACUUUAUUCACAGUCUCGACUACAUGAUCUCUCAAGCAGAUUCUGGACAGCUUUUUUCAAUUCAUAUUGUAUUCAUGUCGGUUGGUUAUAUACACGUGUACGCGUACGCAAUGGGUUUCUCUCUGAUCUGGUGGUGCUUGUUCUAUUCACUUGUUUGUUUUCUAUUUUUCGUCUGCGUGGACGCCAGUGCUUACUGCCCUGGUGGUUUCGCCCUUGCUACUUCCUGACAAGGUUUGCAGGGCAGUUCGCAAAUUACAUGAUUGCGUUUAGCACAGCACCUGCACUUUUUCCGCCAGUCCCCGAGGCGCUUUACUCAUUUGAUGUAUAA